GGGGGAGAGGCCGCAGCUGCCCCGGAGCGCGGCAAAUGCCCACGGCUCGGCGGGCAGCGAGCCGCGAGACCGAGCCGCGGGGAGGCUUCUGCUCCCUGCCCCGUGUCUGCCCCUCUGGGGGCAGGGCCUAGCUGCGUGUUUAGGGGGAGGCUCUUGCUGCUCCGAGCCGGGGCUGCCUCUUGCCUCGCUGACUGCCUAGAGCGAGUGACGUCCGGGUGCACGGCUGCAGGAAGGCACUGCCAGGGCAGGGACGGGGCUCUGGAGAAGAAUGCUCUGUUAUCCACGUAACUGCUGUUAAAACUGGACACGUGAGCAAAUUUCUCCACUGAAUAAUUGCCAUGAAUGUGUUCAGGAUGCAAGUUCACCUCGGAACACCAAGGGGAAAGUGGGGAUGGCCCUGGAGACAAACUGCCCUGAAUCUGUGUGUAAUCAGGGAAAACAACUGCUCUGUUUGGGUUCCUGGGACAACAGUGUCAACUUGCUCGACACCUGCGUGGACAGAGAGAACUUUCCUGCAGCGCGCCCCAUAGCUGCUAGCAAGCCAGGCUCUUCUCUCCACUUGCGCUGCGGAGCGCCCUGUAGCGCGCAGCGCCUUCCCCUGCUCCGCGGCCCGGCAGAUGGGCCCCCGCUGCGGCCGGAGCCGUCUCCGGGCCAGCCUGCGCUGGAAAGCUGACUGUCGAGGCUGUCGUGUUAUGACGACCCCCAACAAAGGAAACAAGGCCUUGAAGGAAUCCUUGUGUUCUCCCCAGGUGAAGCGGGAGCCAGGCGAGAAUGGGACCAGCUUGACAGAUGAGGAGCUGGUGACCAUGUCCGUGCGGGAGCUGAACCAGCAUCUACGGGGCCUCUCAAAGGAGGAGAUCAUCCAGCUGAAGCAGCGCCGGCGCACGCUGAAGAACCGGGGCUACGCAGCCAGCUGCAGAGUGAAGCGUGUAACCCAGAAGGAGGAACUGGAGAAGCAAAAGGCAGAGCUGCAGCAGGAAGUGGAGAAGCUGGCCUCCGAGAACGCCAGCAUGAAAAUGGAACUUGAUGCUCUCCGCUCCAAAUAUGAGGCGCUCCAGAACUUCGCCAGAACCGUGGCCCGGAGCCCCGUGACCCCCGUGCGGGGGCCACUCACCUCCAGCAUGGGGCCCCUCGUCCCUGGCAAGGUUGCUACCACUAGUGUCAUCACAAUAGUGAAAUCCAAAACGGACGCCCGGUCUUAGUGAAGCGAGUGUUGCCUGAGCUUGUCUGUGCAGGGCAAUUAGGCACAAAACCAGCCUGGAAUCCCCAAAGCACAAACCCUCCCCACACGGGUCCGGGUUCCUUCCACUUGGCCCAGGGCUGGCCUGCUGAUCGCUCUGGUUUUAUUUUGUUGUGUUGAGAUGUUGAGAUCGAUGUGAGCAGUGGUGAUGCGUCCCUUGUCCUGCGCAGACAGUACCUCCCAUCCGGUGCCUGUGGGACAGACUGCGAGACCUUGGUGUCCUAGCCGAUGGGGGGUCUCCGCGGCUUGGCUGAAGGCACGGCGUGCAAGCCUCUCGUGCUUCUCGGCAGGGAAGGGCUUGGGGAGGCGGAUCUCAAGGGAGGCUUUCUUCCUGGAGGUUGGGAACCCGAAUUUCUAGUCACUUCCCAAAGGCUUUAUUUCAUUACGCUUCCAGGUGGUGUAUCUUGGUGCCUGCGUGCUGGGUGCCUGAACCUGCUGCUUUUUGUCUCGUUUGGUACCAGUAGUUGCGGUUGGGGUGUUCUGUGUAAUUGAUUUUGUAUUCGUUUCUAGGUGUGCCUCGUGCUCUAGCAGUGGGUUUCCUUCAGACUUCCUCAGCGUUAGCUGUGCAAGCUAGCAGUGAUGGAAAGGCCGCAGUGCCCCAUUGCCUCUGCUCUAGCAGCAGGGAAGGAGCUGGGACAGGGGCCUUGUGCGCGGCCCAGCACCCCAGGGGAGGGAGGGAAGGUACUGUGUUGGCUGCAGGCCGGUUUUGUGCCUAAUGUGUUGCACUGAACAAGACCAAAAUCACUAGUUGUUCCCGUGUUUUGAGGGUAUCAAGUGUCUCUAGUGUGAUGGUUUACACAACUAGUUUAUGUGGUUAAAGAGCCCUUUAUUUAAAGAGAGAAACAUCAUUUUAAGAAUUAUUAAAUUAUCUAAGUUUAAAAGUAAAAUCAGACAGAAGAGAGAGCGUAUUUAUAGUCAGCUUUUUUUUUUUUUUUUUUUUUUUUAUCUGAGAGGGUGAGAAUAUUUGACCAUAUGUAUGGGGAAAUAUUCUCGGAGACUUUGCUAGUUAAAAGUUAAUAAAUAAAUAAUUUUAAAGUUUCUCAUGAACCUUCUGCAAACUGUUUGUGGCUCUGAGGUUAGUUUUUAUAAAGAGUUAUCAGACUUUAUUUAUAAAACUUAGAAAAAGACAAAAAAAGAGGCAAGUCCUGUUUGAUAUCUUUUUGCAAUUGUACCAAAAGUGACUUAUUCUUGACCUUGCUGGCUUCCAUUGCGUCCCCUUGCGUUGCGCUGUGUGUGCUCUCCGAGCUCUUGCGUGGCACUAUAAUGUGUUGGUGCCAGUGGCUGCCUUUGCCAUGUGGUGUCGUUUUCAUGCUUCCGUCGUUUUCCCUGGGUUCAAUCAAAAGAUCGACUUGGGAGUCCUCCUAAGUCUCCAGAGGGUUUGUGGCAUGCAGGCAAAGUUGCUAUUUUUCUUAAAGACAAAAUGAAUCGCUGGUGCAACUGAGUAGUCAUGCCUGUCCAGAAAAUGUUUCUUUUGUCUGCACAGGUGUGUUGCAGGAGGUCAGUUUCUCUGCCUGGAUGUUGCAGCUAUUCCUUUUGCACAAACAGCUUAAGCCUCCUGUAAGCAGCCAACACUGGGUAACUCAGUUACCUUAACGGGGAAAAAUAUUGCCAGCAGAACUGCUCUCUUACUCCUCCAACAAAGCUGAUAUAGAACUGACACAAGGGAGAAUUUUCUGAGUUUAGGAGGAGACUGAUGGGAUUUAACUCUGGGUUCAGUUUUGGACCCUGUGGUCAGAACUUGCGUUGCUCCUGUGGCUCCUCUGGCAAGAGAGGCAAGUCUGCCUGCCUGUUUGGGCAGCUCUGGACCUGCACCAGUCCUGAAAUUGGAGUCUCCUGUGCUGAGUGUCUGCAUAUUACUGAAAAUUAAGCUGUGGCAUGGUUGCUUUCUUUCCUGGUGCGGCUUCUGGCUGUGUGUGUUGGAAGAGUUCUUAGACUACAGCUGUGUGACACAGCUGAGAAGCUAUUCGUGGACAGACUCCAUUUUCGCAAACACUUUGACCCCCCCCCCUGCAUCCCCAAAGGUUUGAGCUCAUUACUGAGUUGUGUCAGAAAAGCAGGACAUGGGGCUGAAGUCCAUGUAAUGAUUUCUUGUCUACAGAAGGUCUCUGGAGCACUGGGGACAGAUAAGGAUGGCACAAGUGAAGCUGCAGUCUUGUGGGGAGGCAUAGUUUGCCAUACUCAAUGUUUUUUGGUCAUGUGUUUGUUGCAUAGCUGAACUUAUGCUGCUCUUCUCUGGGCAAAGGAGUUCACUAAUGGCUGAGAAGGUAAACCUGAUGAAAGCCACAAUGUGGCAGGAGAGGAGUAGGCAAUUGGUGAGGGUUUCCUGCUGGAAGAGGAGGUCUUCACUGAUGGUGAGUUUUGGGAGAAGCUGUUUAGGUUGCUUUUCCCCAUGGAUUUUCUGCACAAGAGGGUUAGAGUGUCUCCUCCAGGCUGGUUGGCACGCUCUUCCCUGAGCUGAGGUGCUCGACACGCUGCUUCCCAGCCAUUUGCCAGACAGGGUUGGCACAAGCUUUCUGAGCUCUGACACCUGGGAAUUGUGGAUCUUUGUCUUCCAGCUGCUCUGGUGGUGUCUGGAAGGGAUGGGAAAUUCCAAAAUGCAGAAUCCUCUGGUUGGCUCUGGGUGUAAAUCCCAGCGCUGUCCCUUGUGGAGCCAGCCUGCGUGAGUAACCCAUCGGGAGCACCGCUCAGGUUGGCCUGGCGCCUGGGGUGAGGCUUGGUGGGGGCAGGCAGGGGCUGGGUGGAGGCUGGGGCGUGUGGGCCCCGCAGCAGCACGGGUGCUGCGUGCGGGACGUUUCCGCACUGGUGAGAUGCUCUGGCCCCGGAGUGUUGGUGGGAACCGGUCCCUGCCUGAUCUCUGCUCCCCCAUACUCAUGUGUAGUUCUCGAUUUUGUUCUGUAUUGGGAUCCACAUAACAUGUUCUGCUGUGUCCGGGACCCUCCCGCCGCGCAGGAAGGGAGCCAGCCGGUUCCCUGCCGCACAGGGCCAUCCCUGCCCCAGCCUGCGCCUGAUCUCUCUCGUGUAUAGCUGGAGUGUGACAGUUCUUGUUCCUAAGGUGCUCGUUCGUUUGGUUUCCUGCUGUGAAGGGUGUCGUGUUUCCUUUCUCCUUUCCCUGGUGCCCUUCUGACGCAGCAGCGGGCUCUCCGCUCCCAGCCUGGCCGCCGAGCAAAGCCUCGCGGUGUUGGGGGUGCCGCUGCCCCGCCUGGCGCGCGCGGGCGUUUCUGUGUCGUGGUGAGUUGUGUGCAGUUAUCUCUUGGAUUAUGCAACCUGGCUAGGCAUCGCCCUCGGGAGCGAGCAGGGGCUGCUGCAGGAGGGGGCCGCUGUGGCCCGCUGCCGCCAGAGCCCUGGCCCCCCGUAUUUAUUGCUAAGUUAUUGUCGCUCCUGGCGUGCCGGGGCGGCCGCGCGGCCCGCCGGGCGUUAUUUAUUUCUGUACAUAGUGUAUGUUUGUCGAUAUGAGCUUUCUUUAUUUUGUAUAUGACCAAUAAACACCUUUUAAAGAGA